AAAGAUUGAAUGAUGUGCCUUCCCAAUACCGUUUUGCUAUGACUUUUGCUUCAAUUUUCAUUUUCGUCUUGCAGAAUGUGAAUUCUUUAUUUGUCUCGAAUCUUUUUUUGAAUAAGCUUAUUUAAUGGAAUAAGACGGGCGCGGGUUCGAAAUCAUGGAUUCUCAAAAUCCCGGCGGGUCUGCGGGAAAUGGCGGCACUCCUAUAGAUUUAAAGCACACAGUAGACCCUGUUUCGAAAUCUAUUCAAAAAUCACUGGGUAUUCUUCAUCAGCUCCAUUGCACCGUUUCAUCUUUCAAUAUAAACUCCCAGCUCAAUCUACUGGAGCGCGUAAAUUCUUUGGUUGGUGAGCUUGAUCAAAUGCAAAAGGCUGCUCAAAACUGUGAUAUUCAGGUGCCUCUUGAGGUGAUUAAGCUUAUUGAUGACGGAAGGAAUCCUGAUGAAUACACGAAGGAUAUUAUAAAUAAAUGUAUUCAAAGGAAUCAAAUUACCAAGGGCAAAUCAGAAGCUUUCAAGAACUUCCGAAAGCAGCUUUUGGAGGAAUUAGAGCUCACUUUUCCUGAGGAAAUUGAAGCUUACCGUGAAUUGCGCUCAGUGUCUGCUGCUGAAUUGAAAAAGCAGUCACAAGCACAAGCAAGCUUACCGAACGGGGAUGUGAAGGUGAAGUCCGAGCACUAGGCAUCUGGACUAUUUUAUGCCUUGACAAUAAAACACUAUCUAACAUAACUCGUCAUAAUCUGCAGACAAUAUAAUAUAUACCAUGUCUUUCAUUUUUGUUCCAUCCUCGACCCCUGAUUCCUUUCUUUUGUAAAUAAGACAUUAACAACUCCAAAAAGUUCAAUUAGUUUGUUGGACGUUACUUAGGUUGACAGCUAAGGGCAUAAACUCUAGUCUCACAUGGAUUCUUGGCACUUAUCAGUACAUAUUUUUUUAGACAAGUAAUGAUGUAUUCUGGUUUAUGUCUUAACGUAAAGCCUGUAGGCAAAGUUCUGGUCUUUUAUACCUCGAAGCUUGCCUUGACAACAAGAAGUUGUUUUGUUUGUAAAUACAAUAUAAUAGACCAUUCUUAGAAAAUACAAUAUUAUAGACCAUUCUUAGAAAUUGGAUAGUA